CUUUAUUAUUGCAUCUGGUUUUGCUGAUGACGCAUGCAAUGAUGCCAGUUAAUUGGGGAAGUGAACAUGCAAGUUGACCUUCAUAUUUCUUUUUUUAUUCUGUUCAAUCAGAGAAGCCAAGUUCUCCACCUCCAUGCGUGAUUGAAGAUUGAAGCUGUGGCGGCGUCUCUAUCGGACUGAAAAAUCGUUUGCCGGCCGGCUCAAUCAACAAUGGCGGAAGCGUACAGAGAGGGGCUUUUGAAGAAGCAUUACUAUGAGAAUUGUCCCGGCUGUAAAGUAGAUCAAGAUAAAGAGUUGCAACGAGGAUUACCCAUCCGACAGCUUGUUUCUACAUGGAUUGUUGUCCUUUGCACAGCGCUGCCAAUAUCAUCUCUCUUUCCUUUCCUUUAUUUCAUGAUUAGGGAUUUUCAUAUUGCAAAAAAAGAGGAAGAUAUUGGCUACUAUGCCGGUUAUGUGGGGUCUGCAUUUAUGCUUGGUAGAGCUCUGACAUCUGUUUUUUGGGGAAUUGUGGCUGAUCGCUAUGGUCGAAAACCUGUUAUAGUUAUAGGGAUUGCUGCAGUGGUUAUAUUCAACACUCUCUUUGGCCUUAGUGUAAACUUUUGGAUGGCUAUUACUACAAGGUUUCUUCUGGGAAGUUUGAAUGGUUUACUUGGACCAAUAAAGGCAUAUGCAAGUGAAAUUUUCCGAGAAGAAUACCAAGCUUUAGGAAUAUCGACAGUUAGUACAGCAUGGGGCAUAGGAUUGAUUAUUGGUCCUGCAUUGGGAGGAUUUCUCGCACAGCCGGCAGACAAAUAUCCAAAUUUAUUUUCCAAAGAAUCUUUGUUUGGGAGAUUCCCAUACUUCUUGCCCUGCCUUGCAAUAUCAAUUUUUGCAUUGGGAGUAAUGAUAGCUACUUGCUGGCUUCCGGAAACAUUGCACACGCAUGGAGAAAAUGUGUCACCUGAUGACUCGGAGGAAGGUUUAGAAACUGGAUCCUCUGGGCCUAAUGUAAACGAAAAAACAAAACAAAUUGAGGGAAGAGGUCCAAUUGCUAAGGAAAGCCUCCUAAAGAAUUGGCCUCUGAUGUCAUCUAUCAUUGUUUAUUGUGUUUUCUCACUUCAUGAUAUGGCUUACACAGAGAUAUUCUCCUUAUGGGCUGUCAGCCCUCGAAGUCACGGGGGUUUGAGCUACUCAACUAAGGAUGUUGGCGAAGUUCUUUCAAUCUCAGGUUUGGGCCUUCUUGUUUUUCAACUUUCUUUAUAUCCGUACAUGGAGAAACUUCUUGGGACCGUCAUGGUUGUUCGCAUCGGUGGUGUUGUAUCCAUACCUUUGUUAGCAAGUUACCCAUACAUAGCCUUGUUAUCUGGAUUGAGCCUCGCCUUCGUACUAAAUUGUGCUUCUGUGGCGAAGAAUGUCUUAUCUGUGUCCAUUAUCACUGGCUUAUUCCUUCUGCAAAACAGAGCUGUGGAGCAACACCAAAGAGGAGCUGCUAAUGGCAUCUCUAUGACAGCAAUGUCUCUAUUCAAAGCAGUUGGUCCAGCUGGAGGCGGUGUAAUAUUUUCUUGGGCACAAAAGCGUCAAGAUGCGGCUUUCCUUCCAGGUGACCAGUUGGUUUUCUUCAUCUUGAAUGUGGUUGAGGCAAUUGGAGUGUUGAUGACAUUCAAACCAUUUCUUACUCAGAAAGUAAAGGCCAUUCUUAGAUGAAUGUGAUUAAAUCUCAUGAAAUUGGGGAAGAUUAUCAAUACAAGCAUUCAUUCUUCCUUGUAGUGGUAGAUCACCCAAUUGAUCAGUGCAAUAUAAAUAAAAGAAUCCAAUGGUUUAAGUAUAA